AUGUCACCUGCUGUGCGUGCUUUAGGUUCACCGGGAACGGGCUCUGGCCCGCGCUGCGGAAGACUCACGAGUGGUGGCUGUACUGUAGGACCCCCAAUGCUCCGGCGCCAAGUUGAGCAGCAUGGAGCUGGGUGUAGCGAGCCCUUAUCGCAAAAAAAGCGGCAUGAUAACUCUGACCACACGGAUUAUCUGCCUCCUGUGAGGCACUUAGAUGCAACGGAGUGUUUCUGGAAUGCCUUCUUGCGCUUGGGAAACCUAGCAAUAGUUAAUUGUGUUGCUGUUGUCUCUUCCCAUCCCAUUGAGCUUGAGACACUCAGGCACGCAGCUACAAUUGUAGCACGUAGAAAUCAAGCAUUGAGACUUGUUAUACGACUCACGGAUACCAAGGCCGUUGCACAGCAUCAGGCACGACAGCAGCAGGAACAUCUGGUGGUGACCCUAAAAAGCCAGCAGCCGCUGCAACAACAAGCAAGCAGCGAAGACUUGCUAAGGGAAGAAUCCGUUUCAAAAAAAAGUGAAGGCCUCCCGAACCCCUCUGGCCAAAGCUUUCAUACGGAUGCAAGCUGCCACAACACUCGAAGCAGCUGCAACGCCCGCGGGAGCAGUUGCAAUAGGGGAAUACGUGCUGCCUGGGGAUGGAGUUCGCGGCGGUGUGCAAGCCAAGUCAGCAGACAUAGCUUCGGCAACAUAAAUGUUCGGAGCAGUGUACGCAGCAGCAGUUGCAGCAUCGCCAGAGAUAGCAACAGCGAUGCUGAAAGAAACUUGGGGGAACGCAUGAGCUUUCCUUUGCCGUGCAGGUGCAGAAAAAGAGCUGAUGCCAAGUUUACUUUUCACGAAAGGCCUGGGGAGCCGGUAAUAGACGUUGAUCAUGCUACUGUCAAGGACUCAAUCUCCUCAUCUGGACUAGCAUGGCAGCAGCACGAAUUGCCACAACUGGAUUUGGGGCUCCUAGAGGAGCAUCCGUGGAUGAAGGCGAUGGCGUGGGAGCAAAAGAUUCCUUUUAAUUGCGAAGAGGGGCCCCUAUGGCGGCUACGGAUGCUGCCGUCUGAAGAGGAGUUGACUACUGCAGCUGACGCAAGCCUUCCCCUGCCUACUCCUCAGCAAAUAGGAAGAGCCCUUGAAAGGACUCACACUUCCUCAAUCACUUUGAGUAGCUCGCAGCCGCAGCAGCCCAAGCAGAGAAGCAGCAGCAACAAAGGCCACCGGCGCUUUCGGACGCAUAUAAUAGGCGUCUUCCAUCACUCGACUAUAGAUGGGCUAAGCCGAAAGGAGUUUUGGGAUGAGUUGUUUAAGUGUAUUACCACUUUGAGUAACAGUAAGCAGUAUGCGGAGUAUGCCUCGCGGGUCAAGGCUCUCACAGCAGUGACGGCAGUCGCAGCUCAGCUGUCUGCACAGUGCCAGCAAGAGUCACAUGAAGGCGGGGGACCGCUGCACCAACAAGGAUGCAAAAAUCCAGCGUCGGCUGCAAGCACGGCUAUGCAAACACCCACCAUGAGCCCUGUGAAUCGCUGGCGUCGGGGUAGUAGCAACAGCACCAGCACCGACAAUGCCGGAGGCGGUCUGUAUUUGCGCCGCAGUAGCGCAGGAAGUACUUGUGUCACAUGUCUUCCUCUAUUGGAGUUUGAACACUGUAAGGGACCACUGGACUCGCCAACAGCACACAGCUCGAGUUAUAUCCGGCGACUCUCGGCGGUCUCUGCUGGAUCGGUAGACCGUGCAGCAGUCUAUGCUAGAGAAGACACCACACAAAAUGGACAGGAUACAACUACAGUUUUGCCACCACCACCAACUGUACUACCCCCGGCAUUGAAUGAAUUGUUUCGAGUUUCCCGUUGUGUUUCACUACUACGGCCUCUCAUGUACCCGGGGGGCGGCUUCCACGUGAGGAUGUAUAUGAUGGAGAGGCAGUUGAUGCAAACGCUGAGAAACCCGUUUGCUUCUUAUUACCCAUCUGCUCGCUUUAGGGCGUCUGGAUCCGAGUAUAAGUUUCACAAGGAUGAAGUAACAAAUCCUGCAUUUCCCAAUUGCAGGCAGCAACAGCUCUUCCCCCCCCGUGCUUCUCGACAGGUCAAACAACAGCAUGACGUACCUUUUCCUAGAGAGCACUCGGGGGAGCCAAAAUAUCCGGAAAGCUCUGCCUUCACUGGUGUGAUAACACUGCGACUUUCGCAAAAACUUACUUCAGGAUUACUUUCUGCAUGCAAAGAGAAAAAUAUGACAAUGAAUGGCCUAAUAACAACUGCAGCAGCGGUGGCGCUUUCAAGGAUGCUCUGGCGGAGACAGCAUGUAAUGCAACAACACUGCAUGCUUGCUGACCUCUCCCGCGUCGCUGCCGCUGCUAUUGCUGCAAAUUGUUGGCCACAGCAGCAUCAGUCUUUGUGGGACGCAGCUCCACAGAACCAACAAGACAGGCCUUUGCUGAAGCCAGUAGACGAGGAAACACCUCAAGGGUGUACUAAAGGAACUAUCAGUGAACAAGAAAACCCUUCACCCAAUGUGACAUUCGCUCAUGCUGGCAUAGAACAAGACACUUUGGGAAAAGCGCAGAAAAGGCAGGCUCAAAUGCCGAUGAAAUCUGGUGCUCUUUUGAGCCCCAACGACAAAGGGUCCACCAGUCUUACUGAAGCAUUGUGUCGCCUACAGCGUAAUGAUACUUCUUUGGCUGUCGGCAAGGAAAUUCAACGGCUCCCCUCGAUCCAAGAAUUGCUGACCAUGCCCCAGCGUGUUGGAAGCGGCAACAAGGGGCCAAAAGGACUUCUGUCGCGUUCAGUCAUGAGCCGCAGAAAUGCUACCACCCUGCGCAGUGGCUGGUCCCUCUCCCACAUUCCCGAGAUGCUCCAGCAGCUCACACUGCGCUCGCCAGUAUCUGGAGAGGGUCUUCCUGGAGAUUCCAGCAGACACUUCUUCAGGCACAAAGGGCCUGUGUACAUAUACACUCUCCAGGCAAUAAGCGGCCGCCGCUGGCUUGAUAGCUGGCUGCACAAACAGCAACAAUAUCCAGACAAACACUCGCGAGGUCGCAAGAGAAACACCAAAGACGACAGGCACUUCGAGGAGUUUCUCUUGCAACACCUGACUAUUAGCAUGAAACGCCACAAAUGUUCAAGAUCUAUUGCUGCUAUGGCAGCAGCAUCCGCUGCAAUGGUUAUCUCAGGGAGCCCUUCUGCUGCUAGCCUACAGACACAGUCGCCACGUUACCCGCCUUCGCUACUAUGGGGAAGUAGUAGCAGCAGCAGCAGAAGCACUAGUGGGAGCCGAAUCAGCAGCGACACACAGGCAUGUCAGCAGCGAAACACGAACGAGGCUGGCUCUGCUGGCCACCAUGGAAAUGAGGCUUUCUUUAAGACUGAGCAACCCCAGCGUCACUCCUCGGGUGUAUCUGCGGAUGAACCACCAGCCAUUGCUGUUCCUGACAUUAUGCAAAAGGUUAGGCGGUGUAGAGAUUCGGUGGACUCAGAAAAAGUACCUGAGGCAUUCAGCAAGCCUUUCUGCAAGAGGACUUGCCAUGGCUUUCUUGAAACAAGCGGUCAUAGCUCCGUAUCUACUUGUAGCAGCCUGUACUGCACACGCGCCAGCACAAUCAGUGCCGACUCCAUAGAAGAAACAGAUAAAUCAUCUGUGUACUCAGCGGUAAGUAGCACCAACAGCACCAGCUGCUCAAAGCGGCUACGUGACCAGACGCAUACAGUCAGCAGUCGCAUAUCGCGUGGUCUGCGACAGGUCUCACAAUGGCUGUGGGGCGCCCCUAGCAGCAGCACUCAUAAGCAGAGCACACAGAUCCAGCAGCAGCACAAGCAGCUGCCUCCUUUUGGACUCGGUUCGUAUGCAUUGCUAAUGCCCUUGAAGCUGCGAGUGUCAGUGGAGUGUGACGAAGGGGCGGACGCUGUGUGGGCUCUAGGAAAGGCAUGUACAGAUUCUGUCCAGGAAUUUGCGUCCCUGACUAAUCCAUCGUUUGGAACUCUAAACUUUCAGCUAAUAUCCUCCUUUGUGGAAGAGGUGAGGGGGGAACUAAAGUGCUUGCGGCCUUUCAAGGAUGAUGCCUUCGCUAGACCAUCGGUAUUCCUUAUCUCUAAUGGAGGUGUUUGGACAGGUGGCCCAAUCAGCAAGUUCUCUUCGGAAAUUCAUGGAUACCUUCGUGCCGCCACCGAUAGACAUCGAAGGAUGUUACGACACAUGCUACACCAGCAGAUGGUUUUGCAGCAGAAAGCAACAAAAAGGCAGGUUUUGUCCCCUCUGCCUCCACAAUUUUCAGGUGUCGCAGGAGCUCCAGACGCAUCCUUGAGAAACAAGAGACAGGGCGGAGGGCGCAGAUCUGCUCGCAGCAGUAAAAUUUUUGUUAGGGCUGAUGCGCCACCAGCAGCGUCUAUAAUAAAAGCUACGGCCAGCCGCAACAGCAGUGUCCGCAGCCCUGCUGCAGACGUAAAACUUUCCUCCGUUGUGAACUCUCCAAUAGAUAAGCAGCAGUACCUCAAGAGCCAACCAGCUUCCUACACAGAAGGAAUAUGCGGCGUAGAGGGCUUGGUGGAUGAUUUGGACGGCCUACUCCCUUACCUAGAGCCAUUUGACAUUUCUAUAGAUAGUAGCUGGUCUAUUGUGUCGCAGCAUGAUACUGGCUUGAACUACUUCGCUCAUAACUGUGUUACGAUCGACGGAAAAUUGAACUGGUCUCUGCAGUACCAUUCCAAUCUCACGUCACGGGAAAUAGCGGCGCUGUACGCCGCCUACAUUCUAGAAGUCUUGCAGGAGGCUCACGAGCAGCAUAUCCAUAUGAAAGCGCAACAACAGCAACACCAGCAGCAAAAGCAACAGUACCUUCAGGCACCGCCACCCAGUGCAGCUGCCAGAAACAGUGGGAUAGUGAAAAACCUGGGAACCGUGCGAGACUAA